AUGAACUCGUCCCAUUCCCAGGACGGCCCCAGCCGCCACCACAGUACACCGCAACCACAACCACAAUCACAACAACCGCAGGCCCAGUCGCAAUCCCAAUCGCAACCCGCGGAUGCCCAGCCAGCUCCCUCGCACACCCCGCCUGCGACUGCGGGCGACCGGCCCUCUGAUCAAGACCCCAUUCCUACGAACAAUAGUCACGACACAACCGCCACAACGAACCAAGUUCCGUCCCCGUCAAGGAAUCUGCCCCCGUCAUCCGACUCACCAGCCCAACCCGUUCAACCCUCCGUGCCCCACGACGACACGACCCCGCUGCCAUCCUCCACCGGCAAUGAAGAUGGCCCCGUCGAAGCUGUUCAAGACUGGCUCGACAAGACCCAGCACCCCUCGUCGCAGUCCAACCAACCUGGGUCCGCUGAAGAUGUCCCGCUCUCUGCUGCCGAUGCUGCAGCACUCAUUGCCUCCGCACAGGCUGGACUUCCCAUUGAUAUCGCGAGCCAUGAUAUAGCAAUGCUACAGGACCCCAUCCCGCCGGACUUCAUACACGGCUUACCCGCAGACUUCAACCUCUCGACGGCCGCACACUUCGCCGUGCCCCAAGAAGAGAUGUCUCUACCUUGGUCGAUCGCUCCUGGACAAUAUUCAUCCCAACCGGACGCCAGCGCCAAACUUUCCCUGAACCUCCCUGCACAUCUUGCGGACGCUGACGACGCAGUCUCGCUUGACGAGCCAGUACUCGAUGAAACCGGUUUCGACAGGAUGGCACGCUUAGAGUUUGCCGAUACUUUUGUAGCACUCACCACAAACACGACAAUAAUAGGAAGGGAUCAACGCGUCUACAAAAGGGCCCAGUUAAAUAAGAAGCGAGCCGAGGAAGGCUUUUCUCUAUCGGGAGAGCCCGUAAAACGUUUCGCCUACAGCAGAUCCUACGUUAGUCAAGAGGGUGGUGCUCUGGGCCCCGAGUCGGACGGCGAGGGGAAGUCAAGAUCCUCGAAGCGGCGUAAGACGGCUCACAGUGGCCGAUAUGCGCUCUCGCCGCGGCAGGAGGCAGCAGCCGCGGAUGACCCAUCGGCGCAGGACAACGUCAUUAGCAGUCGGCAAUACAUUGAUCACACACCUGGCGCUAUACCGGUCGACAUAGACGCUCUUCGCCCAUCCUCUGACAUUGUAGCCAGAGUUGACAUCCAUGGUGCUGGUCCCGAUAUCAUUGAGACCUCCAAGGGGAUCUCAAGGGAUCAUCUCAAGAUAGAGUACGAUGAAGACCGCCGUGUCUGGAAGGCAACAGCCAUCGGCAGGAAUGGCUUCUUUUGUGAGGAGGUACUCUAUCACAAGGACGAGACUGUUUUCCUCCGAUCUGGUGACCAUCUUCAAAUCCAAGCCGUCGGCUUCAUAUUCACCAUCAGCGGCGUUGACGAAGGCAAGUAUGGCAAUGAAUCCCCGAUGACCUACUCAGAAGGCGGCAAGUCGAUGAGCUUCGACUUUCAGAACCCCGGUGCCCGGGAAGACAUGCGGGACACCAGUGAAGGAUCACUCUCUGACGGAGAGAUUCCUUCUGCGAAGGCAAUGCUCGAUACAGAUGAUGAAGAUGAUGAAGAUGACGAGCCGGAUGAGUCUGCCAGUCCAAAGCCAACUGUCAAUGAUGGCGUUGACAAGACUGAGCCGGAGGGGCCAAUACGACAGACGAUCGAAUCUGAUUCAGUCAAAAACCCUACGGCGUCAGUGGAGCCGGACGUGUCACAGACUGUGGCGCCUCCAAAGAAACGUGGCCCGGGGCGCCCUCCAAAGAAUGGCGUCAUGUCCAAGAGGGAAGAACGAGAGCUCAAAAAGAAGCGCGAAGAAGAGGACAAGAAGAAUAAUCCACCUCAAGAACCAGGCGAGCCCCCGGUCAAGAGGAAGGUCGGACGGCCGAGAAAGCAUCCUCGGCCUGAGGAUGAGGGCGACCAGCCGGAGAAGCGCAAAUACAAACCACGCAAGCCAAAGAAUGAAGAUGGAGAGGACGAGGAAGAUCCAGAGGGCGACAAGGCUGACAAGCAGAAGCGGCUUCAAAAGCCAAAGACCCCUCCUCUAGACUUGGGGAAGAAGGAGGACUGGCCGGAAGACAAGCUGCAAAAGCCCAACAAGAACUACCAGAUGCUGAUCGACGAGGUCUUAUGUGCAGCUCCCGAUGGGCUGACCUUGAAGCAGAUCUACAAGAGGAUCGCGACCUUGUAUCCGUACUUUUGUUUCUGCGUGGAUACCAAGGGCUGGGAAAGUAGUGUGCGACACAACCUGAUCGGGAGUCUCUGCUUCCAGAAGAACAAUGAGACACACCUCUGGAAGCGUGUCCCAGGGAUUCCGUUGGAGUCAGGCAAGAAGCGGAAGCCAAGCGAUACUGCCUCGGAGCAGCGACCUCCACAGGUCUUCGCACCCAACUUCAAUCAUGGCCAAGGCUAUCAGCAACCUGUACAAGCCCCGAAUUAUACAAAUCAACACAUGGGCCCUGCUGGAGUAACCCCUCAGAUGAAUGGGAUGCAACGAUAUCAUCCCGGCGGUCAGGCGCAGCCAGCUGCAUACCAAAAUCCCGCCCUUCCUGGCAACACACCAAGCCAGCAGGCCGGCAUUCGCCAGAAUUUUCCGCAUCCGCCACCGCAGCAACAGCCACAGCAGCAGCAGCCGCCGCCGCCGCUUUCGACUACCGUGCCCCAGCCAGGCACUCAUACGGCUACGACCGCACAGUCGAGGCCACCGUAUCCGAGCCAUCAGCAGCAUCCUUACAAUACGACGGCACCCAGCGCAAGACCAACGAACCUAUCCCAGGGGCAUAGUGCAACUGUUGGCUCUCUCGCCGUGCAGACCCAUGCUCAGCAGCCCCUCAUGGCUCGGCCUGGCCAGGGCGCGCCACUAAUAACUCAGCGUGGUGGUGGCCCUGCGGCUGUUCAUACUGGUCCGGUACAACAGAAUCAACGAGCCCCUAGUCAACCGCACCCACAGCAGCCGUUGUCGAAGAGCAUACCGCCCGCAGCUUUAGGGCCCGUGGUGGAGCCAUCACUGAGAGAGUUCAUCAGGAAAUUUUCCAGCGAGGUCGUCAAGCAACUCCAAGGCCGCGUAAGCCGGCCUCACGCUGUUGCCGUGUCUGUAAUCAAUCGCGGGCUAGGACUCACCGACACGAGCCUGACGCCAGAGUACGAGAAUUUCGAGAAAGCAAUCAUCAACAUAUUUCACACACACAAGUUAACCUAUUCGAAGCCGAAGGCCAUCGCAGCAUCGACAGCCACACCAGCGCCACUCAGGCCCCCAUCGGCAACAGCAACGCCGACUGUGAACGGAAACAGUGCCGCCGGCGCAGCUGGAUCAGCCCCGGCGACGACACCUUCUCUUACACAUGCAUUGCCAAACUCUGCUCCCAACGGUCCUGCUACCUGCGCCAGUCAAGUCAAUGGAUCUCUGGCUGCGACCGCCAGCACUUCAAAUGGCACCACUGGGGGAACAGAUACUGGGUCUGGUCGCGCUGAUUCGUCUAUCCCCAGACCUGCUUCUGCAGGUCCCACGGCAGCUACUUCUACGAAUCCAGGGACUGCUUCUCAUACUAGCACGGCUGUCGGCAUUGGCAACACUUCUGGAUCGUCAACUGGCGUACACUCUGCUGGAGUCCCAGCCAUUAAUAGUCCAGCCCCAGCCCGCUCAAGUCCGACACCAGCACCAGGCACUCCUGUCCCCGCUUCGACCGACGUUCAGCUACUGGACCCUAGUCUCAUUGACGUGAUUCAGCAGUACAAACGGCUCAGCCAGCAAGUGCUUAUACCCAAAGUUGGUCAGCUCCAAGCUGAGAUUCUGGUUAUGAGUGCUGUGAAUCGUGUGCUAGAGUUCACAGAUGAUACAAUCAUCCCACGCACUGCCGUGAGCACGAAGCUCGGCCUGAAGGAAGCCGAAGACGCGCUCAUCAACAGUCUCAGACCCCGGAUCGAUACGUAUCUCAGAAACAAGCAGGCGACUACGGCGACGCCUGCAACGUCAACGCCAACUCCUGUUAGCGCACCCACUACCACUCCGUUGCCAUUACCAGCUCCCUCACGAUAG